GUGACAGAUGGUAGCAGCGAUGGUGAGCCCAUACCACAAACGCAGAAAGCAGAGAUUUCAACAGUGGAUUCAGAAGAAGUUUUGAGCGUGGAAGAUAACGCGAACCAGCAGCAACCCCUCAAACGCCUCGUUUUGCAAGUUUCUGUGGACCCUAAUAAAGCUGAACAUGGCAGGCUUGAACAAGCCGAUACACCGACACCUCCAGGUUCAGACGGACCAGCUCGACAAGUGGAUAUUAUAAACGUUCCAAAGCCGAAGACGAAAGGAAAAACACGAUCAAACCCCAAGCAACUGAGAUAG